GAGGACGAAGAUUACAUUGCUGCUGAAGAAGUAAAGGAUGAUGAAACAACUUUGUCUGAAGAGGAAGAAUUGGCAAAGAAAGAAGAUCCUGAUCAUCUGGAAGAGAUUAAGUUACUGCAGAAGGAGAGUGAGAUACCACUAGAAGAACUUCUCAUGAGAAAACCGAAAGAUCAUGAAACAGCGGAGUUGGAGAAUUCACCCCAUUUUGUUGAAGAGGUCAAUACUGACAUGUCUUUGGAUGAUCAAUCUGUGAACAUUUUGGAAGCGAAAAGUGAUAUAUUUGUGGAUCACCAAUCCAGGGAUGUGCUGGAAACUGAGCACAAGGCUCUACAAUCAGAAAUCGAUGUGGUGGAAACUGAGCAGGAGGCAUUACAAUCAGAAAUUGCAUCAGAGCCUUGUGCUCAACAAAAUUUUGUGGAAGAGAAUAAUCUCACUGAUGUUAAGGCAGUCCAUGGAGAUAAGAGUGAUGAUGUAAUUGCUGAUGCUGCAGCUGCUGCAAGAUUAGCACAACCAACUGGCAACACCUUCUUGACUACAAAAGUGCGCACGAAAUUCCCAUUCCUUCUUAAGCAUUCUCUUCGUGAAUACCAGCAUAUAGGGCUGGAUUGGUUGGUUGCUAUGUAUGAGAAGAGGCUUAAUGGAAUUCUAGCAGACGAAAUGGGUUUAGGCAAGACAAUCAUGACUAUCUCCUUGCUUGCACACCUUGCGUGUGAGAAGGGGAUAUGGGGUCCUCAUCUUAUUGUCGUGCCGACUAGUGUUAUGCUAAAUUGGGAGACUGAAUUUCUUAAGUGGUGUCCUGCUUUUAAAAUACUGACUUAUUUCGGAAGUGCAAAGGAGAGAAAGCAGAAACGUCAGGGCUGGAUGAAACCAAAUUACUUCCAUGUUUGCAUCACAACAUAUAGGCUUGUCAUUCAGGACUCUAAAGUGUUUAAGCGAAAAAAGUGGAAGUAUCUUAUUCUUGAUGAGGCUCAUCUGAUAAAGAACUGGAAAUCACAGCGUUGGCAGACUUUGCUCAACUUUAAUUCAAAGAGACGUAUUCUUCUGACUGGAACUCCACUGCAAAAUGACCUUAUGGAACUUUGGUCCCUCAUGCAUUUUCUGAUGCCUCAUGUAUUUCAGUCUCAUCAAGAGUUCAAGGAUUGGUUCUGCAAUCCAAUUUCUGGGAUGGUGGAAGGCCAAGAUAAAGUCUGUAACCAUCCAGAUCUUUUUGAAGGUCGCCCAAUAAUAAGCUCAUUUGAUAUGGCUGGGAUUAACAUGCAGCUCAGCUAUUCAGUCUGCAUGCUCCUUGAUAAGAGUCCAUUUUCUCAGGUGGACCUGUCUGAUAUGAAUUUUGUGUUUACUCAAAAUGAAUUUAGCAUGAGUUCCUGGGAAGCUGACGAGGUCAUCUCUGCCUUUCCUUCAAGUAUCACCUCCAGGAAUUGUGACUUGGAUAUUUUUUGCUCUAAUAAGGAUCAUGAGGGAAAUAUUCUUGAUAAGAGGAACAACCCUUUGUGCCACUUGGGCUAUUCAUCAAGCCUUGCAGAUCUUGUUCUUCCAUCUGUGGAACGCUUUCAGAAAAUGCUUGAUAUUGUUGAAUCAUUUACAUUCGCAAUUCCUGCUGCUCGAGCUCCUCCACCUGUUUGCUGGUGCAGCAAAGGAAAGUCUCCUGUUUUUAUUGAUCCGGAAUAUAGAGAAAAAUGCAUGAACAAGUUUUCUCCCACUCUGUCUCCUAUAAGGUCUGCUAUUGUUCGUCGUCAAGUCUACUUUCCUGAUAGGCGUUUGAUCCAGUUUGAUUGUGGGAAGUUGCAGGAACUUGCAAUUCUGUUAAGGCGUUUGAAAUGGUUCUACUCCCCUGAAGAGAGGCAGACUCUGAUGCAGAGGUUCAACACAAACCCAAAGUUUUUCCUUUUCAUUUUGUCCACUCGUAGUGGUGGUGUGGGAAUCAACCUUGUAGGUGCAGACACUGUGAUCUUCUAUGACAGUGACUGGAACCCUGCAAUGGACCUACAAGCACAGGACAGAUGCCACAGGAUUGGUCAGACUCGUGAAGUUCACAUAUAUAGACUCAUUAGUGAAAGCACUAUAGAGGAGAACAUUCUCAAGAAAGCAAAUCAGAAACGAGCUCUUGAUGAUUUAGUGAUACAACGUGGUAGCUACAAUACGGAAUUCUUCAAGAAACUUGAUCCUAUGGAGUUCUUUUCCGGGCACACGUCUCUCCAUGCGGAAGAUCAGGAGAAGAAUUGCUCUACAACCGCGGGAGCUUCAAAUGAUGUGGAUCUGGCUCUGUCAAAUGCAGAUGUUGAAGCAGCUAUCAGACAGGCAGAAGAUGAAGCUGACUAUAUGGCUCUCAAGAAGCUGGAGGAGGAAGAAGCCGUGGACAAUCAAGAAUUCAGUGAGGAGGUUGCCGGCAGACCAGAGGAGGAUGAAUUGGUUAAUGAGGAGGAUGGAAAACCUGAUGAGCACAUUAAUGAAGAACACAAAUACAACUCUUCUGAUGUAGAGAAGGAGAAGCACAUUACUUUGUCUACCAAGCGAUUGAGCGAUGAAAAGGCUCUUACAUUGGCAGGUGAUGAAGAUACUGACAUGCUUGCUGAUGUGAAACAGAUGGCAGCUGCAGCAGCUGCAGCAGGGCAAGCAAGUUCAUCUUUUGAGAACCAGCUCCGGCCAAUUGAUAGAUAUGCAAUGCGCUUUAUGGAACUCUGGGAUCCAGUAAUUGACAAAGCUGCUGUGAAUCAUCAAGUAAAUGUUGAGGAGGAAGAAUGGGAGCUUGAUCGUAUUGAAAAACUCAAAGAGGAUUUGGAAGCAGAAAUUGAUGAAGACCAAGAACCACUGUCUUAUGAAUCAUGGGAUGUUGAUUUUGCUACAACAGCCUAUCGGCAACAUGUUGAGGCUUUAGCUCAAAAGCAGUUGUUGGAAGAACAGGAAAGACAGGCCCAGGAAGCAGCAAAAGAGUUGGAGGAGAAGAAUGAUAAUAUGAGCAUGCUAUGUGCCCACAUUAUUUCUAAUGGAUCAGUCACCGUGAGAAAGUCAAAAAAAGAACAAAAAAAGACAGGCAAAUUCAAGUCCCUGAAAAGAGUGCGUUUGUCGUCUGAAUCAGAAGUCGUACUGGAGGAAACCUCUGUAGAUACAAUGAGCAUUGAUGACAAUGCACCCUCACCUGAGCUUAUAAGUGAUGAAUCGCCACACCAUUAUUCUAACAAGCGUAAGAAGAUUAUGUCUGCUACUGAGGAAGAUAGUAACAGCAGAAGUUUAAAGAAGUUUAAGAAAACUACUAAGUCAAGUUUUAUUUCUGAAGCCUUGUCACCUAGGCUGAAGGAGGAUCUCAAUGAUUCAGAUCCAAAAUCAAUGGCUAGAACUAAAAGUGAUGGCAGAAUUUCCAUCCCCUGCAUGCCAGUAAAACGGGUUAUUGUAAUAAAGCCUGAGAGAUUGAAAAGGAAGGGAAUAUGGUCUCGAGAUUGUGCUUCAGACUCAUGGACAUCUGAGGAAGAUGCAGUUCUUUGUGGAACUGUGCAUGAGUAUGGUCCUCUUUGGGAAUUGGCAAGUGAUUUUCUUCAUUCCUUGCCAGGUGGGUCCUAUAGGGGAAGAUAUCAUCAUCCUGUGCAUUGCUGUGAGAGAUACAGAGAACUGUUCUGCAAACAUGCAAUAUCAGCAACAGAUAAUUCUAACAGUGAAAAGGUUCCUUCUGGGACUGGAAAGGCUAUACUUAGAGUAUCUGAGGAUCAAGCUCAGAUGUUGGUGAAUGUGACCAGUGAACUUCCUAACAAUGAAUUGCUUCUCCAGAAACACUUCAUGGUUGUAAUUUCGUCUGUCUGGAGAUCAAAAUGUCGCCGUGAUCCCUGCUGUUUUACGAAUACUUACUCUAGUGCAUUACAUAUGUUUUCUCCUGUGAAGAAGCCUGGUGGAUCAAGUGAGAACUGGCCCAUGAACCAUCCAAACAGGCUCCAGAGCCAGUGGAACAAUCGUUAUUGUCUGGACUUUCUUUUAGACAAGCUGAGAACCGACUCAGCUUUCCACAUAAAUGAUGCCACCCGCCAUAAAUCUGGUUCAAAGUCCAUAGGAAAGCACAAAGCAGCAUCGGAAUCUGGUAGACCUACCAAAUCCAAAGUCCAGAAGAUUACUGAAUCGCAUCAGGAAGGGCCAACUGUCAUGAGUAAUUUUCUCCAUAUGCCUGCUCAACUAUUGCCAAGUACAGCUGACUUCCACAUUAGUGACUCCCUAUCUGAAUUUGGUAUCAGCGAUUCUGAAUUCUACUACUCCGAGGAUCUCUUGCAAGAGGUCGACGAUCUCGAGUUCUUCCCAGAUCAGGGUGACUCUGGUCUCCUUCCUGGUAUUGAAGAGUUAGAACCUCUUUCAGAUUUCACAGAUAUCGGAUGA